CAGACAGGCACCACACUCAGUCAUGUGACAUGCGCACUCGGCCCUGUUGUUGAGUUUGUUAUGACAAGUCGAGGCCUCGGACUAAAUUAGGAGCGAAGCCCCCGUGUCUGUCCGGGCGAAUCCGCAAUGGAGGGCAUGGACCUGGAUCUGGACCAGGAGCUCAUGCAGAAAUUCAGCUGCAUGGGCACAACGGACAAAGAUAUCCUAAUAUCGGAAUUUCAGAGGCUUCUCGGGUUUCAGCUAAACCCCGCUGGAUGCGCCUUCUUUCUGGACAUGACCAACUGGAAUUUACAGGCAGCCAUCGGAGCUUACUAUGACUUUGAGAGUCCCAACAUCAGUGCACCGUGCAUGUCUUUUGUGAAGGAUGUGACAAUUGGUGAGGGCGAAUCAGUUCCACCUGACACACCUUUCACAAAGACCUGGAGGAUACAGAACACAGGUGCAGAGUCAUGGCCGCCCGGGGUUUGUCUGAAGUAUGUAGGAGGAGAUCAGUUUGGUCAUGUAAACAUGGUGAUGGUGCGCUCUCUAGACCCCCAGGAAAUGACUGACGUUAGUGUGCAGAUGCAGAGCCCUGUGUCUCCCGGCAUGUACCAGGGCCAGUGGAGAAUGUGCACAGCCACAGGACUUUACUAUGGAGAUGUCAUCUGGGUGAUCCUGAGUGUGGAGGUCGGAGGCCUCCUCGGCGUCACACAGCAGCUUUCCUCUUUCCAAGCCGAGUUCAACACCCAGCCUCACCGCAACCUGGAAGGAGACUACAACCCCUUCGCCUCGCCAGAGAAGAGCAAGUGCCCCAACAGCAACAACAACAGCCUCCACGAUGACAGCGGCCAUAGAGUCGCAGAGGAACAUUGGCAGGGAAACCCAAACCAGCUGCAGCAAGACCAGAAUGGACUUUCACACAACUCUGUGGAUAUAGUAGCAAACAGUCUACAAAGCAAUCUAUCAGUAGUCUCUUGUAACCAGGGUAUACAGGAGCCCUAUCCUUUUGGCCACUCUUAAAUCAUGGGACUUGUCACAGUGAAGCAGCACUAAAAUCGUACCUCUGGAGUCUGUCACACCAACAGGAGAAAGAAGAUUCUUUAUCAGUAGCUGGUGGAGAGUGUGAAGAUUCAAAAACACUUUAUGCAAAGUCCAGUUCCACUUUGACAAACCAGAGGCCAACGCUCCUGACGUGCAGCUCAACCAACAUCCCGCACCCACUGUAUGCACGUGUGAAUGCUAAGUUAAAAAUGAGUGCUAUGAGUCUUUUGAGUGAUAAUUUUGUUUUUCUUUUCUUUUUUCUUUCAGACUUUUUUUUUAGAUGUCAGAGUGCACAUGAAACAAUGAUGACCGGAGAGUGUGUUUGUGAACUUUUUGUGUAGAUGUAUGUGCAUUGUGCAACCUGAAAAAGAGACUUUGGAGGAAAAGCCAUUUAUUUUGCCAACUGAUUCUCCAGUUUCUGCUCCAACUUUUGCUAUAUUGAUCGGGUUUGGGGACCUUCGGGUCUCUUUACGACUAAAUGUGAUAAUGUGGGCGUUCCUGAAACAUUAGCUUUUUAAUAUUAACUUUUAAUGUACCAUUUUUUUUAAAAGAAGCCACAAUUUACAGAGUCUCAGUUAAGCUAAUCACCUUUACCAGUGUUUUUCCACAUAGCUCAAGCAAUAUGGACAAUUUUUUCUAUGCUGUCAUGGUACCUGCAAUUUUAGAAGCAAUGCAAUGUUGCUCCACUGGAGGGAGUCAGCCAUUACAGUUAGGUUUAGUGUGGGUCAUCUUUUUUCUUAAACAUUUUUAAAGCUAGAAUUUAGAGCCAACAAAUUAAUUUUGUCUUCUGGAUGCUUUUAGAGCUACUAACUAUAUGGAGAUUAGAAAAAGUUGUAUGACACUGAAUCGUUGCUGACGCCUACAAAAUCUACAUGUAUGAAACAGUAGAAGAAUAUUAUCAGAGUAUUCAUUAUUAGUAAAUCCUCCCUGUUCAUGGUCUACAUCCAAGAUUUAGCUCAGUUUUCCAUGCUGACAUAAACGAUACUCAAGACAACAAGAUUUGUUUAAAAAACAAAACAAGCAGAAAAGACUUUAAAUUUAAAGCUAUCUUGGACUUGUUUGUAACAUAUUAAGUUGAAUGUAUUUGAUGAAUGUAGAGGAGGAUAAUGUUUUUGGAAAGUAUAUUAAUUUACCCAAAGAUUCUAUUUGCAUCGAACUGGCAGUUAUUUCAAUGUAAUUAUUGUUCUGCAUUUUCUUAUCUCGUCAAAAUUUGCAUUUAAAAGUUUGCAAGUGGUCUCAUUGAUAAUUCACAUUUAAAUUAUUUUAUCUCUGAUAAAAUUAUAGAAUGGUAUCUUUUGGAAUUAUUACUGUAUAUUCACUUAAUAACUGGCUAAUCUAUGCACUGAGUAAUGUGACUUCCAUGACAAGGUCUGUGCAUACAGGGUGACCCAGAAGUUUGGAAACAAAUGAAAAGUCUAUAAUCCAAAUAAUAUGUUAUUUCAAUAAAUCAGUACCACAGAUUUAUUCAGAAGAGUAACAGAUUAGUGUAAAACAAACAUAUUUUGACAUGUUCAUGUUUGUUUCUUAUACAAAGACGUGAACGUUUCCACCAACUGGUUACACUGGUUACACUGGUAUCUUCUGGAAUGUAUCUUCAUUCAUGCUUAUGAAGGUUCCUCAAACUGGACAGUAAAUGUUGCCUCAUAGUACUUUUUGAUGUUGAAAAAAAAUUAAAACUGUCAGAUACUUUACCAUCAAGAGUUUUGAAAUCUGACACUGAUGGCCUGCAUUUUGAAGUUAUGCUCCAGCACACCUGGAUCUUAUGGUUCUAUUAAUUUUCUUCCGAGUUAUUGCACUCGGCAGAUACUAUGCUUUUAAGUUAUUUUAUUAUGCUAUAACAAAAAUGGGUAAAAUAAGAGUGAAUUCAUGCACCCCCAACUGAAACAGACACUGCAGUUAAACUUUGUUUCCCAACUUUUGGGUCACCCUGUAUUUUUCCUCUCCAAAGCACAGUUAAGGCCUGAAGGGGUUGUCAGCUCUGUGAUUUUAUCUGUCAUCCACAGCCAGUGUGUUCGACCACCUUGUCAGGUAAACACUCUUUCUAUUAAGGCACUAACUGUAAGCCCCAGGGGUCCCGAGCCUCGACAGCAAGACAAUACCAGCCAAUACCGCAAUUAGUCCCGAGGACCCCUGGGCUCUUGCGGUUUCUUACAACAAAGCGAUUUUUUUCUGUCAGUCACAAGAAUGACAAAUGUUUCUCCGUGCCGUCAGCGGCAGUUACUGUCACUGUCAGCUCUUCAAGUGCAACAUGUGCUUUGUUCUUCAUGUAAUAUCUCUGAAGUUUCCACUGGCCAGAUUGCAGAAUGAAUCAGUUGGCAUUAGACUCAUACAACAGCACAUUGACAUGAGUGAGGAAGUGCAAACAGAUGAAAGCUUUUCCCCCCUCUGUAUGCCUGAUGAAUGUUUGUAUGAUUAAAUUAUCACUGAAAACUAAA